AUGGCCCCCGACCCCUGCCAGGCCCAAGGCCGCUUAUUGCUCUCUGUGAAUUUGCUGGACACAUCGACCAUCCACGGGGACUGGGGCUGGCUCACGUAUCCGGCUCAUGGUUGGGACUCCAUCAACGAGGUGGAUGAGUCCUUCCAGCCCAUCCACACGUACCAGGUGUGCAAUGUCAUGAGCCCCAACCAGAACAACUGGCUGCGCACGAGCUGGGUCCCCCGCGACGGCGCCCGGCGCGUCUAUGCCGAGAUCAAGUUUACCUUGCGCGACUGCAACAGCAUGCCCGGCGUGCUGGGCACCUGCAAGGAGACCUUCAACCUCUACUACCUGGAGUCGGACCGCGACCUGGGGGCCAGCACGCAAGAAAGCCAGUUCCUCAAAAUCGACACCAUUGCGGCCGACGAGAGCUUCACAGGUGCCGACCUUGGUGUGCGGCGUCUCAAGCUCAACACGGAGGUGCGCGGUGUGGGUCCCCUCAGCAAGCGCGGCUUCUACCUGGCCUUCCAGGACAUCGGUGCCUGCCUGGCCAUCCUCUCUCUCCGCAUCUACUAUAAGAAGUGCCCCGCCAUGGUGCGCAAUCUGGCUGCCUUCUCGGAGGCAGUGACGGGGGCUGACUCUUCCUCACUGGUGGAGGUGCGGGGCCAGUGCGUGCGGCACUCGGAGGAGCGGGACACGCCCAAGAUGUACUGCAGUGCGGAGGGCGAGUGGCUGGUGCCCAUCGGCAAAUGUGUGUGCAGUGCCGGCUACGAGGAGCGGCGGGAUGCCUGUGUGGCCUGUGAGCUGGGCUUCUACAAGUCAGCCCCUGGGGACCAGCUGUGUGCCCGCUGCCCUCCCCACAGCCACUCCGCAGCUCCAGCCGCCCAAGCCUGCCACUGUGACCUCAGCUACUACCGCGCAGCCCUGGACCCGCCGUCCUCAGCCUGCACCCGGCCGCCCUCGGCACCAGUGAACCUGAUCUCCAGUGUGAAUGGGACAUCGGUGACUCUGGAGUGGGCCCCUCCCCUGGACCCAGGUGGCCGCAGUGACGUCACCUACAAUGCCGUGUGCCGCCGCUGCCCCUGGGCCCUGAGCCGCUGCGAGGCAUGUGGGAGCGGCACCCGCUUUGUGCCGCAGCAGACAAGCCUGGUGCAGGCCAGCCUGCUGGUGGCCAACCUGCUGGCCCACAUGAACUACUCCUUCUGGAUCGAGGCUGUCAAUGGCGUGUCCGACCUGAGCCCCGAGCCCCGCCAGGCCGCCGUGGUCAACAUCACCACGAACCAGGCAGCCCCGUCCCAGGUGGUGGUGAUCCGGCAAGAGCGGGCAGGGCAGACCAGCGUCUCGCUACUGUGGCAGGAGCCUGAGCAGCCCAACGGCAUCAUCCUGGAGUAUGAGAUCAAGUACUACGAGAAGGACAAGGAGAUGCAGAGCUACUCCACCCUCAAGGCCGUCACCACCAGAGCCACCGUCUCCGGCCUCAAGCCAGGCACGCGCUAUGUGUUCCAGGUCCGAGCCCGCACCUCAGCAGGCUGUGGCCGCUUCAGCCAGGCCAUGGAGGUGGAGACUGGGAAACCCCGGCCCCGCUAUGACACCAGGACCAUUGUCUGGAUCUGCCUGACUCUCAUCACGGGCCUGGUGGUGCUUCUGCUCCUGCUUAUCUGCAAGAAGAGGCAUUGUGGCUACAGCAAGGCCUUCCAGGACUCGGACGAGGAGAAGAUGCACUAUCAGAAUGGACAGGCACCCCCACCUGUCUUCCUACCCCUGCACCACCCCCCGGGAAAGCUCCCAGAGCCCCAGUUCUACGCGGAACCCCACACCUACGAGGAGCCGGGCCGGGCGGGCCACAGUUUCACCCGGGAGAUCGAGGCCUCUAGGAUCCACAUAGAGAAAAUCAUUGGCUCUGGAGAGUCCGGGGAAGUCUGCUACGGGAGGCUGCGGCUGCCAGGGCAGCGGGAUGUACCUGUGGCCAUCAAGGCCCUCAAAGCCGGCUACACGGAGAGACAGCGGCGGGACUUCCUGAGUGAGGCGUCCAUCAUGGGGCAAUUCGACCACCCCAACAUUAUCCGCCUCGAGGGUGUCGUCACCCGCGGCCGCCUGGCAAUGAUCGUGACGGAGUAUAUGGAGAACGGCUCUCUGGACGCCUUCCUGAGGACCCACGACGGGCAGUUCACCAUCAUGCAGCUGGUGGGCAUGCUCAGAGGAGUGGGUGCCGGCAUGCGCUACCUCUCAGACCUGGGCUACGUCCACCGAGACCUGGCCGCCCGCAACGUCCUGGUUGACAGCAACCUGGUCUGCAAGGUGUCUGACUUCGGACUCUCACGGGUGCUGGAGGACGACCCGGAUGCUGCCUACACCACCACGGGCGGGAAGAUCCCCAUCCGCUGGACAGCCCCAGAGGCCAUCGCCUUCCGCACCUUCUCCUCGGCCAGUGACGUGUGGAGCUUCGGUGUGGUCAUGUGGGAGGUGCUGGCCUACGGGGAGCGGCCCUACUGGAACAUGACCAACCGGGAUGUCAUCAGCUCCGUGGAGGAGGGGUACCGCCUGCCCGCACCCAUGGGCUGCCCCCGCGCCCUGCACCAGCUCAUGCUCGACUGCUGGCACAAGGACCGGGCGCAGCGGCCUCGCUUCUCCCAGAUUGUCAGUGUCCUCGACGCACUGAUCCGUAGCCCAGAGAGUCUCAGGGCCACCGCCACUGUCAGCAGGUGCCCACCCCCUGCCUUCGCCCGGAGCUGCUUUGACCUCCGAGGGGGCAGCGGUGGCGGCGGGGGCCUCACCGUGGGGGACUGGCUGGACUCCAUCCGCAUGGGCCGGUACCGAGACCACUUCGCUGCGGGCGGCUACUCCUCUCUGGGCAUGGUGCUACGCAUGAACGCCCAAGACGUGCGUGCCCUGGGCAUCACCCUCAUGGGUCACCAGAAGAAGAUCCUGGGCAGCAUUCAGACCAUGCGGGCCCAGCUGACCAGCACCCAGGGGCCCCGCCGGCACCUCUGAUGCACAGCCGGCAGGGCCCAGGUGGCCACCAAGCCCUCCCCAGGUCAUGCCAGCGGCAGAGGACGUGCGGGGCUGGCAGCAGGCAGGGCGGCCCCAGGCCUCUGCCCUCCUCUCGGGCGCUAGGGGAGCUGAAGGCUCCGCCACAGGACCUGGAGUUAUCAGAGGUCAGGUGCCUGGGAAGGGGCCUUUGGUGACCACCCUGGCCAGGACACCUGUCCCCCAGGGCAGGCGCCUUCUCUUUUCCGGAGCCUGGGGCCUCCACGCCACAGAGUCCAACAGGGACGUCACUCGCCUGCCUCUGUGUGCGUGUGUGUGUGUGUGGUGGGGGGUGUUCUCACAAGGUCAGGGGAUCCCGAGUGAACAAUGUGUGAUCAUGUGUGUCCACCCCUUCGGGUCUCAGCAUGGAUGUAUGCAUGUUAUGAGCGUGUGCAUAUCUGUUAAGCCUGGAGGCACAUGUGGGUGAUGGUGGAUGAUGUGUCAUGAAUGAGGAGAUGUGUGAGCAGGGAACUCAGUGUGUGACACCGCCAGGUCCAGCACCCACGGGGACAGGGGAGAGGCACACCCCUACAUCCCCGCACACCUGGAGGCUGGAGCCAGGGGCCACUUCUGAACUGCACCAGCACCAGGCCCCCCCUCAUCUCUGCCUGGGUGAGCCCACCCUGGCUGUAUCUCAGGUCUGGGUCCUCCCUCUAGCCGAGGAGGCCACCUGCAGCCUCCACCCAGCUCCCACCGCUGCUUCAACAGGAAAACAGGGUUCCCGGCCAGUCCCGCUGGCCGCCUUCAUGGAGGCAUCAUGGCAGAGCACAUGAGACGCCCUCAGCUGGGCUUGGCUGCCUGGCCAGGGCCAGGGGCUCAGCAGCCCCCUCUAGCCUCUGAUGCCUUCCCUCCACGGCCCAGGUCUCCUCACUCAAAGUCCCUUCGCCAACCUAUCACUGCCCAGCCCUGACACCUCCCCCUUGUCCCCCAGGCCUAGGAUCAGGGACCAGAGGAUCCUAGCUUCUCAGCCCCCAGCCCAGCCCUUCCUGUAGCAUAUGGGGAUACCGAGGCCUGGAGAGAGGGGUGAUGCCCCGUCCCAGGUUGCACCACAACCAAGUGGCAGAGUCGGGGCUCCUGCCUCCCGCCAAGGCUCUUGUCCCCAUACACCAUCCCACAUGGGCGCUGGGGGUGGAGGUGCCCUGGAAGCCCCACCCGCUCACACUGACCUCCCCCUUACGGCCCACCAGGGUAUGUAAAUAUCUCUUUUCUACCAUGUCAGAAUAUUUUUUCCUCACUCCUGACAAUGCAAAAAUGGUCUUCAAAGCACAUAAAAAGCACCCAGGGUGAUAAAGCCCCAUCCCGGAGGCCGUUGGCAGGCAGGGUAGCAGGAACCCCACCGUGUGCCCCCUGCCAGCCCCAGAGGGAGGGGUGAGCCCAGUUCCCCAGCCCUGUCCCCCCUCCCCAUAGCCAACACAGCUAUCCCGCGGGGACACCAGCACUGAGCCCCCUCUCCCUCCUGCAAUAAUUCGGGGAGUCUCAGCCCCAUCCAGGUGCCGCGGCCAGCUCUCUACACCUCUAUAUAUUAUAUUACUAUAUAGCCGAGCUGUUCUUCCUUCCUAUGGAAGUCGGAAACAUGGUCAGAACACGAUCUGGGGCGGGGGGAAUCCUGUCUUCUUCCCCACCCCCACCCCACUCUUACCCGGUUUCUGGGCUCUGGAUCCUCACAGUCAUGGAGGCACCAUGGGCCUGGCACUUGCAAAAGUGUGGCCCCUGACUCUAGCGUGGGGUCCCUCUCAGGGUCCUAGGGAUCUGCCUCUAUGUGGUCUCCAUCCUGACUCUUGAAAUUACCCACAAUGAGAAUAAAUUCUGCCUCAUCUUUGCCUGUGUUCCCCAUUUUUCCCCCAUCUCUACAAGCUUGACAUCUCCUGUUGGGGAAGGGCCAACCUCAUACUGAGCACCUGCUGUUUGCAUCCCAUUCAUUUAUCUCCCCUCUGGUUUUCUCAUCUGUCGGGGGAGGUAGGAUUAGUGCAUGCAUUGUAUAUACGGGGAAGCUAAGUCCUGGUUCAGCCAACCUGCCUAAAGCCAAAGAACAGACUGGGGGAUGAAUCAGAACCUAGAUUUGUCACACCCCAAAUCCCAGGCUCAGCUAGGAAGCACCCCACAGCCCCAAAUUCUCUCUUCCAAGAGGUGCACAUGGUGCUUAACCUUAGAGUCCAGUCCCUUCCAGAUGGGCAUUGCCCUUGAGUUCUCUUGGGGGAGAAAGAUGCCCCCAUGGAAGGGGAGGGAAAGGACAUUUCCUGGAAACAGCUUCCUCAGGACUAAGGGGGACCACUGGGAGACCUGGGUGCUGGGAGGCAGAAUAGGGGAGACAGGGUACAAGCAUCUUCCAUAGUUACAUCAGGGAGCUGAGGACUCCCUCUGCUCAUGGGGAAAGGGAGCAGCAGCAGGGGUUCUGGUCAGAAGACAGAGAUAGAGGCAGAGCAGAGGCCAACAGUAUCCAUUUGUGCCAGUGGCUCAGACAUUUGGGGAAGGUGCUCCAGGGUCUUAGAGGUGAGGGAGUGGAUGAUCUCCAGCUGAGUGAAGGGCUUCACUCCUGAACCUCCCUCAAACUGGGGAAGUGGGAACAGGCAGAAAACACCUACACUGCAUUUCCUACGUUGUCUCGCUCGGAAUCACAAUAGCACUAUGAGAUUGAGAAUAUCGUCCCCCACUCACACAUGGCCAAAAGCUUACUUGGAGAGGCCAAUGUCCCACAUGGCAGAGCCACCACAUAGAGCUAAAUCUGUCGAUUUCAAGCCAGCUAUACUUCCUUGAGACUCCAAACUAAGCACCAGGUCCUUUCCUCACAAAACCAGUUGUUUCCUGUGAGGAAGAAUCUGUUACUACAGACUUACCUUCCCUUAAGGGGAAGAGAUCCUAACAUCCUAUUGGGCGAUAGGAUCCAAUCAUCAGAUCCUAAUCAACACCUGCUCUGUGCUGGGUGCUACUGGGGGUACAAGACUAUGAGACGCAGCCCUUCUUCUCAGAAGCUCAGAGACUAGGUGGAGGUGCAGACUGCACAAAAGAGGUUCCCUCAAUCAGAUCCAGUGUGCUAAAUGUCCAAAAAAUGGAGCACAUAGAAGGGUUCCAGAGUGUUAGAGAGAGCCUUGACAGGCAGGUCUGUCAUUGGAGGACUUACUGGAGGAGGAAGCAUUUCAGUUGAGCACUGAAGAAUGAGAAGGGUUUGGAGGUUGAUUUCCAAGGCAGUCCUUUGUGCAAGGCAUGGAACGCAGAGGAGAGGA